AUGGGGACGGGGAUGGGUCAAGAAUAUGAGGAAAACCUCGCAGAGCCCAAGACACAAGUAUCGACUUACGACCCUAAGUCCUGCACGGCAUUCCUGCCGCCAGAAUCCUGGAUCUACAUGAUAAAGCUUGCAGUGCGCUGCGACAUGUUGCGGGGCUACACUCCACCAAGGGCGCUGUUGCAUGGUAGUGAAAGUAUGAUGUCUAAGAAAAUAAUGGUAUGA